AUGAAGAGCACGGGUGCAUUGGAUGAGCGUACGCUCGCUACACUACAAGGUGCCCUUGGGGAGACAAGUUCACAAGCGGUAGUUGUAGCUGUCGACAGAUUGUUCCUCUCCAUUUCUAACACUUGUGCUUCUCAUGGAAUGAAUACCUUCAGGAUAUUCCAAGGAUCAUGUCGUUUGACAGCGGAUGCUAUUGUCUAUUUUGUGCGCGCUCUAUGUGCCGUUUCCAAGGAAGAGUUGAAUCAACCAGCUGCUCCGCGAAUGUUCCUUCUAGGGAAACUAGUCGAGGUGGCAUUUUAUAACAUGGGAAGGAUUCGACUAGAGUGGCGGCGAGUAUGGGAAGUGGUCGGCGAGCAUUUUAAUAUGGCUGGAUGUAAUGCGAGCGAAGUCGUAGCCCAUUAUUCUGUUGAUGCUCUCCGACAACUGGCGAUAAAGUUUCUUGAAAGAGGGGAACUGCCAAACUUCCGAUUCCAGAAAGAUUUUCUUCGACCUUUCGAGGUCAUCAUGGCAAGAAAUCGCUCUGUUCAAACGCGCGAGCUGGUUGUCGCCUGCUGUUCGAACCUGGUGGAAGCCCACGCUCCUCGGAUAAAGUCGGGCUGGCAAAACUUGUUCUCAGUUUGGACACUGGCUGCUGGUGACGUGCAAAAAGAUAUUGUCGAAGCAGCGUUUCUUGCUAGCUCCCGUGUGGUACUUUAUCAGUUCAAGGAGGAUUUUGCCUCAGUGCUGGAUGCAUUCCAGGAAGCAUUGAAAUGCUUGGCGGAGUUCGCUUGCAAUACCAAUCAUCCCGAUAUGAACAUGGAAGCUAUACGACUCAUUCGUUCUUGUGGAGAGUACGUCUCCAUUAACCAAGAGCGAAUUGUCGAAGCACCAUGGGAGGAAUCAUGGAGCGUGUCUGGAGAUCAGCGGAUAUGGCUUCGUGGAUGGUUUCCCAUCUUCUUCGAGCUGAGUUGUAUCAUAAAUCGAUGUAAGCUGGAUGUUCGUACUCGGAGUUUGACAGUGAUGUUCGAGAUCAUGAAAAACCACGGGAAUGAAUUCCGGUCUGAGUGGUGGAGGGAUCUUUUCAACAUUGUAUUCCGAAUAUUCGAUCAUGCUAAGUUGGACGAGCAUCGCGCAGAUGUGAGUUCACGAUAUAUUAUAAUCUUUGGUCAUUGA